AGACAGACAGACAGACAGAUGGCAACUUAUUUUUCUUCCAAACUUUGUUUGGUGGGAUAACAUCAUUAACAACAGGAAAUAUAAAACUGCAGUGAUUUUCUGAUUUCAUACUCUGAUUGGAUGUUGGCUAGAUUAGAAAUCAAUAAAUGUGCAGAAAGAUUAAUCUGUUGUAACAAGGGAUACCACUAUAUAUAGGAAUGAGGAUCGAAAGUGGCAUCAUAUGUAUCAUGUUCCCAAUGGGCUAUCAGUAAUGGCAAUAAUGAUUUUACUAUAUGCAUUUUAUAUAGUAAAAUAGCACAAAUAAAUAAUUGGAUAUGGUGGGCAGAUUUAUCACAUGAACAUAUUAAGAAUAGCAGGUGCAAUCUAUUGGUAUGUGGGAUCAAACAACCAUUCACAAUGGUUAAAUGAAUAAAAGAAACAUAUACUGUAUUAUAUACACCAGUGAGUACAAUAUAUGAUCAAUGAUAUUGAGAAUCAUUCUAAAAAAGCACAUUUAUAAAGACAACCAUGGAUACAACCCAAACAAUCUUUGUAAACUUUUCUCCCAUUAUAAAAUCAAACCUUACAACAGGGAUGGAAAUAGGACAGUAUUUCGCCAACAGCGCACAUACAGCCAUAGGAAUCUACUUAACGUUAAUAGCCAUAUUAGGAAUAGUAGGAAACACGCUUGUGAUAGUGACAUUCUGGUACAAUAGGACUAUCCUUUUGCCAACAUAUUCUUUCAUUCUGGCUCUGGCAAUCGUUGAUCUUGGCAUGUGUAUCUUAGGAAAUCCAUUCCCAGCAGCCUCUAGUUUAUCACAUAGGUGGAUAUUUGGGAAAGCAGGAUGUGACUGGAAUGGGUUUCUUACAUUUUUUACAGGAUUGUUUGGGAUGUACAUUCUUAUGAUGAUCUCCAUUGAUCGUUUUAUCAUUAUUGUUAAAGCACCAGAAGAAAGGAUUUCCCAUAAAUGUGCCUUAAUAUUGGUAGUAUUCUGUGGGUCUGUAUCUUUAAUAUUUGCCACUAUGCCUUUACUUGGCUGGAGUUCCUACACACUUGAGGGAGCAAACACUUCGUGCAGUGUCAACUGGCAAGGCAGAUCAAUGGGAGAUACAUCCUAUGUCAUUGUAACAUUGAUGAUCUGUUUUGUUAUCCCAGUUGGUGUUAUGAUGUACAGCUACUUAAGAAUAUUUUUUCAUGUCAGACGAACUACAAGAGGUUUCAGCUUUCGGAGAACCAAAAUGAGGUCAGUGAACAUGAAAAAGACUUUGGCCAUGGAAAUGAAGAUUGCAUUCAUGAUAGGAAUCAUGAUGGGUGCUUUUAUCCUCUCAUGGAGUCCAUAUGCCAUUGUGUCAUUGUGGGCAGCUAUUGGCGACUCAACAAGCAUUCCACCUUUAGCUACAGUUCUACCAGCAGUCCUUGCUAAAUCAGCCAUUGUAUGGAAUCCAAUUAUAUAUGUUGUGAUGAACAAGAAGUUUCGGGCAGCUAUGGUCAAACUGCUACCAUGCAGUUGUUUGAGACAAAAGAAAGCACCUGUAACUGAAGUAAAUAUGUUUGGACACGAAGCAGAGAAACAUGAUAUAGAUGGCAUAGAGUUAUCUUAGCACCAUUGACAUGUGACUCAACAACUUGCUUUACCUUAAUGACGCAGUUUACCAUUAUAACUAAAUUGACAUGUCUCAUCAAAAACAAAGUAAUAAUACUUUUUUUUUACCAAGGACUGUUGAAUUAUUUAUGAUUAAAAAUUUGAUGGAGAAUGCUACAUCUAUUCAAUAUCCCUAAGAUUCAUACACUAACAUUUCCUGGAGAAUGCCACACCAGUAGCCAAUGUAACUAUGACUUAUGAUUCAACAUAUGCAAGAUGUCAUGUCUAACCAAUGUAUCUAUGACUUGUGAUUUAGUUAAUCAUGAAGGAUGUCAUAUCUAGCCAAUACAUCAAUGACUUAUGAUUUAACAUAUCAUGGAUGAAGUCAUAUCUUGCCAUGUAUUGAUGACUUAUGAGUUAACAUAUCAUGGAUGAAGUCAUAUCUAGCCAAUGCAUCAAUGACAUAUAAUUAUGACUUCAUUAUUUAAAGUUUCAUGGAGGAUGUUGUAUCUAACCCAUGUCACAAUGACUUCAGAGAUCUAGAAUUGCAUGAACUAUUGCAUGAAAUAGAAAUCUAUUUUGUUGAGAGGACAAUCAAUGUUGUAAUUGGAAAUCUGGUAAAGAGCCCUUGAGAAUUGUACGAUAUAAUCUACACUGCACAAUAAUAAACUGUGAAAAAUGUCAGAGCUGUUCAGCCUUAAGUACAAUACAGUCACGUAAAAGUCUUCAAUACAAUACAGUCACGUAAUAGUCUUCAGUACAAUACAGUCACGUAAUAGUCUUCAGUACAAUACAGUCACGUAAUUGUCUUCAAUGCAAAAGUUCAAUGCCGUAGAGCUACUGUAACUGUAUCAUUGUAAUAGUCAAAUCUCAAAUACCCCAACCCCUG